CGGGCGGCGCGGCUGCGCCCCCUCCGCCGCUUCUUAAGCGCGCCGGCGGGGUCGACCUGCGAGCAGGCGCCAGAGAGCCUGCCUGCUCUUCGCCGCCGCCGCCCUCCUCUUUCCCCCUGGAUCCGGAGCACAGCGAGGCGGAGGAGCGGGGAAGAAGCGCAGCCUUCGCCCAGCGAGGAUGUGGGGCGCUCCCUGAUCCGCCGCCCCAGGAAAAAGCAGCCCCCAGGAAGACGGCAAGCGAGGAAGGAGGGCGCCCAGCUCGGCGCCUGGCGCUUCCCAGGGCGAUGGCGCUCUCGGCUCCAGCCGCCUCCGCCGGCGCCGAUUCCCCGUGGGGACCUGCUCGCCUCGCAGAAAGAACCACUGAGUAGAAAACAAGGCGCUGGAGAAGAUUUGUUCUGUAUUUCUGGACGUCGGUUUUCCAGCUGUCCUAGGAAUCUUCUGGUGUCAGUUUACCUGCCUCAUUCUUGGGUGUGGGGAGAGCAUGCAGCUGAAGAAACUAAAAAACAAGGAAGUGAGCCAGCAGGUAAUUCUCAAACGGAUUGAUGAAAACAAAACGAUGACAAGUUGUGGUCUACAAUCCUUAAAUACGCUGAUGAUUGUUUUCUCCUUGCUCUUGCCAACAGCUCUGUCCACACAUUUUCGAGUCUGUGAGCCAUACACAGACUACAAAGGCCGCUCCCAUUUUGGAUUCCACUGUCCACGUCUUUCUGACAAUAAAUCGUACAUCUUUUGCUGUCACCAUAACAACACCGUGUUUAAAUACUGCUGUAAUGAGACGGAGUUUCAGACUGUUAUGCAGAUGAACCUAACAGGGAAUGCAGAUGGAUAUAUGCACAAUAAUUACAGUGCUUUGUUAGGCGUCUGGAUCUAUGGGUUUUUUGUGGUGGUUUUGCUGGUACUGGACCUUUUGUACUACUCCUCGAUGAACUACGAUAUUUGCAAACUGUACCUGGCAAGAUGGGGAAUCCAGGGGAAAUGGAUGAAACCGGAAGCAAGCCGGUGGAUUAAACCUGCUCAGGACCCAAGACAAGUACAGGCUCAGACUCAGCCUACGCCUCAAACCUUGCAGGCAGUACAUGCAUUAAGAGCAGAAGCUUUAAAUCCGCCACUGAUGUCUUUUCCGAGUUCAACUGCCUGAAAAAUAUUUUGAUGUGCCUCAAGAUGGGAGAGGUAAGAUUACAGUCCAAGAAGAGCAGCAGCUUCCGUCCCAGAAGGGGGGAGAAAUCGGAGAGAAUGAUGAAGGAAAAUGGCCCAACCAAGAGAUGGCGUGUAGUCUACUUGCCUGGAGAGAACCAUCACUGUGUCAAGUGGGUGAUAAGGAGAAAUGGCUGUGAUAAAAUGGCAUGCAAGCAAUACCUGUGAAGGACAUUGCUUAUUGGGGAGAGACAAAGCUAUUGCGGGGGGGGGGGGGUGCUUAUUGAAUUGAAAAACAAGUUGCUCUAGUGGACAUCCAAGCUGAGAAUAGGCAUAGACUACAGUAUGAACCCUUUGGUCUAUUUGCCUCCCCCAUCCAUUAAAUCGGUAUUUGAGCCGACUCUUAAGCUUCAAAAUAAUGAAUGUGGCUUUUCCCCAAAGUUCUCUAGUGAGUGCUGUCACAAUAUGGUAGAUAUAGUUCAGUUUGAAUUAUUUUCCCUUAUCACCCCCCCCCCCCCACACACACACACAGACACACAAUGUGAGCCCUUUUUUGGAGCCAGAAGGAAGGACAGCAAUCAUUUUAGAUAAUGUAAUCUUACCAUUUUUCUCCAUGACAAGAUGUCAAGCAUCAAUGUCAUGUUCCUGAGCACACCAAGUGGCCUCUAUUGCGUGUUCAGAUGAGGAAUUGAGGGGAAGGCACAACCUCUUCCUUCUUGACCCCAAGUGGGGGGAAGAGAAUCUAAGACAAAUAGCACCACUUGUAAUAAUUUAAAGCAAUAAAAUAGUUGACCUCAGAUAAAUGAGGUUCAUAGUCCAAUUCCUUUGUUUUUAAGGUACUAUUUGCCCUUUAGCUGGCCUUAGGAAUUACCUCCCCCUCAGAAACUUGACAACCUUCCAAACCAGGACAGCCAAGAUGCUCUUGCUAAGGAGUGUGGCAGUGGUCAGAUAUUGUGCAUUCUCAAGCAUCUUGUGUGUUUAAUGGAAGGGGAUAGAAUGUGAAGCUAUGACAAUGUUUUAUACGUCGUUCUUACAAAACUCCAUUAGGCACCAUGACUUAACGUACAGCAAAGCCCACACUGUUGCUAGUUGACAAUUCACUAUCAGGAAAACACUCUUAUGUCUGCUCAAUUAUUAUUAGGUCUUCUCUGGAGAUGCCUUUUAAAAGGGAAAGCAUUUCACUUUGUGCUUUUAUAUUUGGGAGGGAAGUAUUGGUUGUUUCCCUUCAGAAAUAUAGUGGACAGGAGGAGGUUGCCUAACCAGCGAUCGCACACACAACUGGAAAAACAUUAUCUUUGUGAUAUUGGCUAGUCCAGGAUACAAUAUUUAGAAAACUGCCUUAUGCUUCAUCAGAAUAGUGGUCUAUCUAGUACGACAUAUCAAGCUCCGUGCAAGAGUAUACCCAGCUUAGCUACCCAACAGCCUUUAACUGGAGACCAGAGGCCAGCAGCCCAAGAUUUGGCUGAUUAUUUCCAGUCAAUUUCUGAUUCCUCACCUCUGCCGCUCCUAGCUACGUUGACUGUUCCUCUCUGCCUCUUCCUGCUCGUAAGCGCCUCCUUCUGGCAUUCCCCUAGACCAGUGGUCCUCAACCUUGGGCCUCCAGAUGUUUUGAGACUACAAUUCCCAUCAUCCCUGACCACUGGUCCUGCUAGCUAGGGAUCAUGGGAGUUGUAGGCCAAAAACAUCUGGAGGCCCAAGGUUGAAGACCACUGCCCUAGACCACUCCCUCUCCAAGUGCCCACCCUUAAUUCCCACUUCCCCAUAGCUAUGUCUGUUCCACAUUUCCAAUGCCUUUCUGCCAACCUAGUAUUCAGGCAGCUCAGCCAAUCACUGCAGUACAGGGAUUGAACCCAGACCCUUAUACAUGCAGUGUAUGUUGUCAAUUGCUCAACUAGUCCAACCCAAGCGCCAUGGGGGCCUGCUCCAAAUGCAGCAAGAACAUCAAAGAGUGAGUUGGUUCCUGUUUUUCUCUGGACAGGACAACUCCUAGGAAAGCACAUGAUACAACAAGAGAGCGCAGUUCCUCCAGCUUUCCUAGGGGCACCACGUCUGCUGUUGCCCUAAACAUGUAGCAGCUCAGACAUGAGCCAAGUUCCCCUCACAGUCAGCCAACUCUUAAAGGGCCUGAGUUUGCAGGUCCUUGGUACAGCCUUUCAGACGGGAUGUUUCAUUUCCACAGCCAUCGAUGUAGCGUUCUGAUGGAUAGAGUUGACAAAGGUUUUCAAAUCGCCACUGCCUCUGAGCUUUCUGUUUUCUAGAAAGGGUUUCCCCCCAAUACAUCUGAAGCACUUUAAUCAAAGGUGUGGGAUAAGAAUGGAAAACACUCUCUCAAAAAGGCAUCAAUAUUUUAAGCAUUAGGACAUGCAACAUUGUGUAGUCAAGAGCAAAAUCUACACGGGGGAAUUCUGUGCCCAGGUUUGCCUUGAUAUUCUGUUUAUCUUCUUUGCUGCGAAGAUGAUAUACCUCUGGUUUUGGAGCAAAUCUACUUCUUCCACUUCUCACCCCAUCAGAAAUCCUGUCUACCCAUGUAAUCCUGUGCAGAAGAGAAUAAACAUGUAUGCCUUUAACUGAUGGGUAGAAGAGGGGGUUUUGUCAUGCAGAAGUGACAGCUGAGUUGUGGCCCAAAACACCCAGAGGGCACCAGGUUGGCAAAGGUUGUGUUAGGUCAGAUCCCCUGCUGUUCUUUGCCCUCAGAUUCUGAGGGAAGGAGCAGUUCUGCAUUCUUCAUAACCACAACAGCAGCUUAGCCUUUCAAUGGAUCUGUCACAACAUGCAUAGUAUUAACACGGCAUAGCAUCUCAUUGCUAUACAGAAGGGCAGCCCUAAGCUGCAUGAAAUCUACCAUGACAAAUUCAGCCAUGUGUUAUUGACAAUUCCCUCUCGACCCCACAUUUGUAGACCCAGACUCCAAAACAUGGGGUCUAUCAAGCCUCUGGCGGGAUACAAGACAGUGUUGGGAUGCAAAUUCUGCUGGCAUUGAUGGGCACAAAGUUACCAUUUGUCAGUUAAUGCUUUUUUCAGAAUUCAGGCUUCAGUUAGAACAUAUUGUCUUUUUGAAUUGAUUUAGGUGUUGCCCACUCCAAAGCAGUCUUCUUGCAUUCAUUCUCCUGGAGCAAAAUAGUCGGCUGUACUUUGCUCUAGCAGGCUGUGUAGCUGCAGUUGCCGGCAACUGGUCCCCCAUGAGCACAGUAGCCUUAGAUGCAGAUGUACCUCCUCUUUCCCAUCCAAGGACAUGUUCAGCCAGUUCUUAAGGCUGCAAUGAGCUAACCCAGUGAAGGGGCGCUGCCGACUUAAACUGGGUCUCUGAACUAUCCUUGUUAAGCAACGUAUUUUCUCCAGUAAACUCCCAAGUCACCACUUUUCAUUUGGAUCAGCAUUAGAAUGGAACCACUGAGAGAGCGAAACACAGAAAAUGCCACUCCAAGCUUCUGUACACUGGGUUAAGACCAUUCUCCACUGGGAUUGUCCCCCUGUGCCAAAUUUCACAAGCCUCCUACCUCCCCAGCCAUGUUGUGCUGCAUGGACGAGGCACUUUAUGUAGUGAAUUUCCUUGCCCCCCACUCCACAUCACUGGCAACUGUGGCCGGGCCAAGGGCACUUAUGGCUGAGAAGAUAUGCUUGAAAACACACAGAUUAUAUCUGCUGAAAUCUCAGGAGCCAGAGGAGUGGCUGAAUAAGACUGUUUGAGGUGGUGGGCUUCAGGGCCCCGCCAAGGUUAUUACCACAUCCCAGGUCUAGGAAAACCAUAAUCCAGUAUGUAAAAGGUAAAAAAAUGAUAUAAAGUAUGCAGGAGAUUGUAUAAUUUGUGCAGGUCACAGAAUUGGAAUUGCCUGGGCGCAUAUUUUAAAAGUUUUUGUUUUUUUUAAUAGUAUGAGUUCACACAGAUAUAAGAAUGAAGCCUAAUCAGACUAUAAAGAGAGGAAAAGAUUAAGAUUUUAUUCACCAGGCAAUAUUACAUUUCAAUUUAAGCAGUGUUUUCAGCAAUUAUAAUUCACCUGACAGAUUUACAUUGAACCAAGUUACUUUCUGUACAUAUUCAUUCAUCUGGAUUUUUUCCCAAACUAAUCCUAAACUGUACAUGGAGUUUUGUUUUUUAUAAAAAAAAUAAUCUACUUUCAUUGUGAUGUUGAAAUUGUCACAGAGAUCUUUGUAAAAAGCUUGUGUUUCUGAAGGAAUUUGUAUUAGAUAAUGGUUUGUGUGACUCACUGUAUUUUGUAAAGGGUUUAUUUCCCUUUGGGAAUUGUGUGUUUCUAAUGAGCAGUUUUAUGCUUCUAGUUUGUGAACGUUGUAAAUGAAAUGUGUUUUCUGACCCUCCAUAAGGAAUAGAUUGAUAUUUGAUAGAUACUAACUGGUUGAGAUUUUCAUAUUGCCUAAAAUAUUUGCAUAUAUUGAGAAAAACCAUAUUGUAAUAGAACAGUUUGCCAAUGGUCAGUGAUAAUAAAACAAAAAAGCUCUUUAUUUUAGCUGAAUGUUGGAUCUGACUGAGACUAACAGUUAACUUGGCCUUAAAUUCAGUGUUGUAUUUCCAUAAGUGGAUCAUCAUCCCACAUCAUUUGCUGUUUGUAAUGUUUCAGAGUACACAUCAAUAAAAAAAAAUAUCAAAAGCUCCAAUGUAA